GUAUCCUUCGACUCGGCCCUUUCAUCCUCUCCCCAAACGGCGCUUGGACGCUAUGCCGAAGGACAGGUCCGAGAAGAAGUCGAAGAAGACGAAGGAAGUUACUGAGACUGUCGAGCAGACAAUAGUGGCCGGCGAGGAUGUUGAAACGACGAACGUUGAGGUCGCGAAGGUGGAGAAGAAGGUGAGAAAGGAGAAGGUGGAGAUUGUCAUUCCUUUGGAGGACCUGUCACCUAUUGCGCACCCGCUCGCGCAGAAGAAGCUGCUAAAGAAGCUUCACAAAACCAUUAAGAAAGCUUCGAAGCAGCGGCAAGUAAAGCGCGGCGUGAAGGAAGUUGUAAAGGGCAUCCGCAAGGGAGAGAAGGGUCUACUUGUUCUUGCCGCAGAUAUCACACCAAUAGACAUCAUCUCGCACCUUCCCGUCAUGAGCGAAGACGCCGGCAUCCCGUACGUCUUCGUAACCUCAAAAGAAGAGCUCGGUCACGCGAGCUCGACCAAGCGGCCAACAAGUUGUGUGAUGGUGUGUCCGGACCAGAAAAAGAAGCCCAAGAAGAAGGAAGGCGAGGACGACAAGGACGACGACUACCGGGAGCUGUUCCAAGAGUGUGUGGAGGAGGUCAAAAAGCUGGACGAGAAGAUCCUCUUCUGAGGCGUUCAUGUUCUGCAUGUAUCUGUUUCGCUUGCUCUGUUGCAUAUUUCUUCAAUGUACACCUUGUUCUGUAAUGCACCGGUCAUCUCUCGCGCGGCA